AACACUGAAUAUCUCUGAGGCGGAGAGGACGAGGAAGAAGCUGUCAAAACACUGCGAGGCCGUUUGAGUCGGCUUUUAAACAUGAAUCGGUUGUGGUCUAAAUUUGCUCUUCACACUCAUUACAUAUGCCGUUAAGGAGGAAUCUCAGUAAAUCUCGGCAAUGUCUCAUCCAGAGCAUCUCAAUGCGAACCCCUGGGGCUUGUCUGAGGUUCUGGUCCAGAGGAAGCUGCUUGGUUUUGGGGUGCUGCUGGCCUGGAUGGUCUUGUUCCACCUGCUGGUUAACGUUUGGCUCCUCUGUGUCUUCACAAGCCUCUUAGUGGUUUUAGGUGGUUGGCUCGGUUCCCAGGCUGUCCUGGACUCGGACAGCGUCGUUCACCUAGAGCGCUUUGUUAGGCUGGAAGAGAUCUUGCGUAGCGCUGAGAGCGAGCAACAACUGGAAGAUGAGAUCCAGAAGACAGUCGGCAAAAUCAUACGUGACUUUGUCACUUCGUGGUACAGCACCAUUUCCAAAGAAAAAGAGUUUGAGGAUGAGGUGCACAAUGCUAUGAUCGCCAUGGCACUGGAGCUGAAGGGUCGAGCGGCAAACGUGGACAGGAAAGCUUUAUCUCAGAGGGUUUUAGACCUGUCUGGAUGCCACCUUCAGUGUUUUCUGAGUGCCAAGGAAGCCAUUAAACAUCAAGAGGUGGGCAAAGAUGAAGAUCUCUGGGAGGCGUACAGCAAAAUCUGCCCUCCUCAUCCCGCUCUUCAGAGCUCUGCUGUCGAAGUGAAUUACGUGCGGGCCUUUGUAGAUCUGCUUCUCCAUGUUCUUGUACCUCCUCCACAUUUAGAAACCCGAACAGGUCGAUUUGUGGUGGGCGAACUUAUAACGUGCAACGUUCUGCUGCCUUUAAUCGCAAAACUGUCCGAUCCAGACUGGCUAAACUUGUUGAUUGUCAGCAUCUUUAGUCAAUCCAGUGAACCAGCCUCAGAACCAGACCCAGUAGAAGUUCAGGCUCCACCACAAGUUGGAUCUCCUCAAGAAAACAUGCCUCCAGAGCUGGAAAUUCCUUGCGUUCUGACCCUAAAAGUCACCCCAGAGACCCCUUCAGCAAUGGAGGCCCCAACACCAGAACUCGCAGCUUAUGAUGUCAUUGACUCUGCUGAUCUUUAUUCUCCACACAACCUGGAAGACGACGAAACACGGUCGACCAAACCGUUCCCGCUGGGUUUUAGCCCCAGGGAUUAUCUGAGACUCGGCAAGCCCAAUCCAUUCUAUCAAGAAACCGACUCCGAUUUGGAAUCUCCUCUAACGGAUUUCAAGCGGGGCUCUCUAGAAUCGCUGGUUCUGAUUGGUUCAGAGGAGACGCUUUCUGAAAGACUAGCCGAAUGCAUCACUCCAGUUGAUGCUGUGUUAGACCUCGACGAUGAAGUUCCAACUUACACCAGUACGACAGAGAAGGAGCUAUCGGUACAUUCCACCGAGGAAGAGCCAUCGAGCUUUUGCACCCUCCAGCCGUUGGAGAAGAGUAACUCGAGCGCAGACCAGCCAGGUCUGCUGAACCCCGGUGAGCUGGCUUUGACUGCGCCCGCCCUGGCUUCUUCACCCGCUGGGAUGGCAUCCCUGGUACCUUUCAACUUUGAGCCCCUCAGCAGCCCAGAGGGUCCGGUCAUUAUCCAGAACCUCCGCAUCACUGGCACCAUCACCGCCAAGGAGCACAGAGGCACUGGCUCACAUCCCUACACUCUCUACACUGUAAAGUAUGAGACAGCCAUGGACUCUGAGAAUCCUGAAUCUUUGCAGCCCAUGGCCUACCACACCGUCAACCGACGCUACAGCGAAUUCCUCAACCUCCAGACGCGCUUGGAGGAGAAACCAGAAUUACGCAAGAUUCUUAAAAAUGUGAAAGGACCAAAGAAAAUAUUUCCUGAGCUUCCAUUUGGAAACAUGGACAGUGACAAAGUCGAGGCCAGGAAAGGCCUUUUGGAAACAUUCCUUAGGCAACUUUGCGCUAUUCCUGAAACGGCCAACAGUGAGGAAAUGCAAGAAUUUCUUGCUUUAAACACUGAUGCGAGAAUCGCCUUUGUGAAGAAACCCUUCAUAGUUUCACGCAUAGACAAGAUUGUGGUGAAUGCUAUAGUGGACACCCUGAAGACGGCCUUCCCUCGCUCAGAACCACAGAGUCCCACUGAGGACAUUGACGCAGAGCCUGAUGGGAGACUGUCCACUGACAAGAAAUCCAAGUCUCGAAUGAGGUUCUCUAGUAAGAUUGCUCCUGCUCUCAACGUGUCUGACAUGAAACCCAACGUGCUGUACAGCUGUGAUGAAAGCAGCUCUGUUUUCAACGGCUUCUCGUUGAAUGAGCUGGAGAGCUUCAUCUUAGACAAGGAGCGUUUUGAGGCUAAAGCGGGUGAUGCUGAUGCAGAGAGAAGUGGAGGACCUAAAUGGGAUGUGAAAACAUGCCCAUGUGCCCAGAAUGCACCCGCCUUCGGUGACUCUGCUAGUGAGAUGGCUCUGUCUGACCAGGCCCUGAAUAUCCUGUGUGUGCUCAUGAAGGAUCAGUGGAGCUGGCUCUGCACAGAGAACACCCAGAGGACCAUCAGACUGCUGUUUGGGACCCUCAUUGAAAGGUGGCUGGAGGUGGGUGUUGUUAACCUGACCUGUACGCAGUACUGGGUGAUUUAUCUGCGGGUGCUGCAGGAGGCCAUCUGGCCUGGAGGAUGUCUCCCGGCUCAACCCAGACCCCAGCGCAGCCAGCAGCAGAAAGACGAGAGCAGAAGACAGGCUCUGCAGUGCCUUAUGAAACUGCUGCCAGAUCUGAUCUGUGACGUGCUGGGCUCUGAGAAGUACAAGAUAUCUUGGCAGACGGUUGUGGAUUCUUUUCAGGACCCCACAAUAAACAGGCAUCUCGUGUACUGCAUCUGGGAUCUGCUAAUCGAGUUUCUCGUCCCCGAGGCGUCUGAUGGGGACUUUCAGAAAACACUUCUGCACAGCCUGUCCAAAAACGCAGAGAAGCUGCCACCAUAGGUGUGCUGGGGGAGGAUGGAGACAUAAACACACUUGCAUACAUACAUGCGCAUCAGAUACGAACGUGUGAUCAGUCGAAGUGUUAGGCAGGAACAUGUAAUCAAGAAAGUGUGCAUUGGGAUUCAUGACAGCCUGUGUCUGGCACCAAUUUGGUCUCCUUGUUUCUGGGACACAUGCGCACAUCCGGGCUGGCACUGAUUAAUGGCCACCUGUUUUCUGUUUUAUCAAACCACAAGUCCAAUCUCUAAAGCCCGACAUACCGGAUCUGAAUUAGUCGCGAGUUCUCCAACUUUUAUCCACCUUGUUCCUGCUUCAGCUUUGGGCAAAGCUCUUACAGAUGGACCGGGCAGAUCAUUUCUGCACCGUCUCGUUACGUGUUUCCGAACUUUCGGUCUUGAUAUAAUUUGACUUUACACACACUCCCUUCUUGUGCACAUAUGCACAUGAUCAUUUUGCUUCUAGCCUUCUUCAGAGAUGCUUAAGAGGCUGCAUCGGCCUUAUCUGUCGAAUUAAGAAAGUCUGUUUUUCCACAAGUUUCCUCUUUAAGUAUGAAAUUCGUCGCAUCUGCGUCUGGUGUCACGGUAAUGCUGUACGUGCUUUGUGUGCUUUCAGCCAACUUGUGAAGCCUUUAAAUGUAAUGUCUCUUCUCACAACCUCUAAUUAAGUGGUGAGAUGCCUCUACAGAAAAAGAAAAGGUCGUGCUGAUUCAGCAAAAAUGGCCAAUUUUUUGUCUUAUUGAAGUAUGCAUAUAAGUUUUCUUAAAAAGAUAGUUCACCCAAAAAGCACAUUCCAAUCCUGUGGAAUACUUUUUUUUUUAUAUAUAUAUAUACAUGUCUUUUUUAACUCUUAUAAUUGAAGUCAAUAGUCACCACAAUUGUUUUGUUAAAAAAAAAAGUUUAGAAACAACACUUUUUUUGUUAUCUAACAAAUAAUAGGGAAUUACAUGGUUCUGGUUUGUGGUUUACACAUUUUCUUUCAAUUCUAGCACAAUGAAACGAUGUCUUAAUUGCCUUAAUUUGUAUGACAAGCAAAACUAUCAAAUGAAUGCACAUGUAACUCUUAAAACGUCUGAAAAAAGCCUUGUCAUUCCUAAAAGGGGAUAGUUUCCCUAAAAAUGAAAAUUCUGUCAUUAAUAAUAACAGCCAUUCCUAACCUGUAAGAUUCAUCUUCAAAACAAAUGAAGAUAUUUUUGAUGAAAUCCGAGAGCUCUCUGACCCUGCAUAGACGGCAAUGUAACUAAAAUGAUUAUAGACCCAAAAACGCAAAGAACUUUGUUAAAACAGAAGCUACAAGAGUACCUUUCUAUCUAUCUAUCUAAUCUACCCCCCUACAAUAAAUUUUGUGUCUGAAAUGGAAACUUCUUCAAAUGCGUAUUUAAUAAGAUCAGACUUUAUUUAACAAUUCUUCCUCUCCAAAUCUGGUGUUCAGCAAUUAUCAAGAGUACCUCUACAUGUAAACUGCGCUUGUGGGGUCUAGAAAUAUUAGUAGCUCUUGGAGUUUAUCACCAAUAUCUUUUUUUUUUUGUGCCGAAGAGAAGCAAAAGCCUGUUUGUGUACAUUUGUGUAAUUAAUGACAGAAUUUUCAUUUUUGGGUGAACUGUCUCUUUUAUAAAAUGUGUGAUUAGUUUCCAAAUUAAAUUGCCAUUAAUAUGCCAUCUAGGCUCCAUUCCACUUGCACAAAAUACCUGUAGGUCCUGUCCUUUCCGUAUGCGACGGUUGAACUCAAUGCAUGCAGUUUUAGAUGAAGGUUUUGCACUGUGAGCCCUGUUGCCCAGUAUGCAUUACAGUGGCUUAAUGGCUUUGUUACACUGUACUUAAGCGCUGAAUGUUGCACUGUUUGUAAUUUUGUAAGUGAUCUGGUUGUGUGUUGUAGGCCUUACGUUGUUCUGAUGUGUGCUGAAAUAACAUGUUGAAGCUGUUGAUGUCGUCGCUGAAUCGAGAGGAGACGCAUUUUAAAUUGUAACUUGUUUUUGAAGUGCUUUCGGUUUGGGUGAGCAUGUUACACUUGUUUGUAUUAACUUAUUCAAACUUUAAUGUGAUUCGGUUUGCAUUUAAAACAGAAAAACAGCUGGUACCAAAAAAAAAAAAAAAAAAAAACGUACUUAUUAUAUAUCUAUAUAAAAUAUUAAAUGAUGCGAACAAAUCUACUAACGUGGACAGAAACAGUUUCUGCUCAAGUAGAUUGUGUUUUGAUCAUGUUUUUGGAUUACAAUGUUUUUCCCCUUCUCUCCGGUAAUGUGAUUUACGGUUGUCAGUAAUACACAAGCCUCAUGUUUUAUCGAAAAAGUUGAGCGAGCUAUGAUUUGAAAAAGCACUUCUCAAUUAAAGUUAUGUAAUAAAAUCGCACAAAAUAUUUUACUGGACUUAAAA